UUUUCAGGGAAAAAGGGAGGAAAAAGAAACGAAGGAAGGCAGGAAGAUAACACCGUCGUCGGAUGCGUACGCAUCGUCGCGAUCGCAAUGACAUUUUUGCGAGUGUGACGCGCGAGGCACAUGGAGUCGAUUCCGCAGUCGAAGCGAGCAUAGAAAAUAGCGCAAGUAUCUUUCUGGACGGAGUGCGGAAGAAAAUGGAAGCGGAAGCGAGCGAGAGUACUAUGAAGAAUACGAGAAUCGACGAGUACGCGAACGUGAACGUCAAAGGAGUGUCCAACGGUAAGGACGAGCAUGUCGACGCUGACGGGAACAUCGACGCCGUGCAGACCGCAAUCGGCGACCUCGGCAGGUGGCAGAUCUUCGUCUGCCUGGCGAUAUCCCUGGUGAAAUUUCCGGUAGCCUGGCAUCAAUUGGCGAUCGUCUUCAUGGCGCCGCAGCAGGAUUAUAAUUGCACGGUGCCCGCCACCACGGACUCCGAAGACCAGUGCGCGGUCGAUGUUAACGGCACGCUGGUCGAGUGCACGGAAUGGACGUAUGAUCGAAGUAUCUUUUCCGAAACCAUCAUCUCGCAGUGGAAUUUAGUCUGCGACCGGACUCACUAUGCGAACAUACAGCAGUCGAUUCUCAUGUUCGGCGUGCUCCUCGGUAACAUAAUCUUCGGCAGUUUGGCGGACAGGUACGGCAGGAAAAUGCCGCUGAUGGCUUCCGUGGUUCUUCAACUGCUGUCGGGGAUCGGGUGCGCCAUAGUUCCUUGGUUUCAAGCGCUCUUGCUGAUGAAGUUCCUGAGUGCCUUGGCCACUGGAGGCAUGAUAGUCACUAGUUUCGUUAUUUGUAUGGAAAUAAUAGGUACAGAGUGGCGAGCCGCCAUCAACUUCUUUUACCAAAUUCCCUACUGCCUGGGUCACAUGUCGCUGGCGGGACUCGCGUUCUGGUUUCGACACUGGCGACAUCUGCAGAUCGCCAUCACCCUUCCGUCUAUUGUCUGUUUAAGUUACUGGUGGCUGGUGCCCGAGUCGCCUAGGUGGUUGAUAGCCGUAGGAAAACAGAGAGCGGCCUGCAAAAUCCUGCAGAAGGCGGCCAAUAUCAACAAAGUGAAGAACGUCGACAUCCCCGAAGUGGUCAGGAAACAUUGUUUGCAGCAGAAUUUCAAGAAAUCCGCGCUGGACCAUAAGCCCUCGUUUUUGGAUCUGUUUCGCACGCCGAACAUGCGCGUCAAGUCACUGUCGAUCUUCUUCAACUGGAUCGUUUGCGGAGUGGUCCUGUUCGGCAUGUCGCAGUACAUCGGCCAGGUUGGCGGCGAUAUUUUCAUCAACUUCGCGGUGUCCGGUGUCAUACAGCUUCCCGGUUGCUUCGUCGGUUGGUGGACGAUGAACAAAUUCGGUCGGCGGGUCACCCUGAUUUACAGCAACCUCAUCGCCGGCGUCUCCUGUCUCCUCUUGAUCGCCGUGCUAAACGAUAGCGCGUGGGUGAGGCUGCUGUUGGCGAGUUUCGGUAUCGUCGGUACGUCGGUAUCGUUUAUGACGGCCUACCUUUUCUCCGGAGAACUGUUCCCCACAGUCGUGAGGAACAUCGGAGUCGGCGCGAGCAGCAUGUUCGCCCGGCUAGGCUCCAUCGUGGCGCCCUUCGUGGUGUCCUUGAGCAGCAUUAAAGCGUGGCUGCCGCUGGUCGUGUUCGGCCUCUCGCCGCUAAUUGCAGCCGCGCUGUGUCUGUUAUUACCCGAAACUGCCGGAUGCACCUUGCCGGAGACGCUUCAGGACGGAGAGGAGUUUGGCAAGUGA